AUGUCUAUCUUUUUUGACCUGUCCCGAGGUACAUGGGUUGGAGUGAUCACAGGUACGUGGGUUGUAGUGAUCGCAGGUACAUGGGUUGGAGUGAUCACAGGUACGUGGGUUGGAGUGAUCGCAGGUACAUGGGUUGGAGUGAUCACAGGUAAAUGGGUUGGAGUGAUCACAGGUGCAUGGGUUGGAGUGAUCACAGGUACAUGGGUUGGAGUGAUCACAGGUACAUGGGUUGGAGUGAUCACAGGUCCAUGGGUUGGAGUGAUCGCAGGUACAUGGGUUGGAGUGAUCACAGGUACGUGGGUUGGAGUGAUCGCAGGUACAUGGGUUGGAGUGAUCACAGGUCCAUGGGUUGGAGUGAUCACAGGUACGUGGGUUGGAGUGAUCGCAGGUACAUGGGUUGGACCACAUAGGUAG